UUUGAGAUGCCCAACUCUACCCCGGUCCUUGUACUAUGAUUAAAAUUGCACACUAUCACCAUUGAACAUCCAUCUGAACGAUCCUUGUUCCAAUAUAGGAGUAGUAACACUUCAAAUCUUAAUGGUUUCUUCUUUAUUUUCCCAUUUCAGUUUCAUGGAUUUACCGGCUAACAAAUUCUCCGGUCUAAUUCCGGCGACUUUCAGUGGCCUUGUUAGCUCAUCAUCAUGUCCUCUUUUAGACUUCAUCGGACGACUUUCUCCGGUCACCGGUGCUGCAUCUGCCGCCGCUAUUUUAAUCGUAACCGUCGCACUACCCGGCUUCUUUUACUUGAAAAAAAAUAAAAAUAAACCGCAGUUUAAUGUCCGCCGUGAAUCGAGAGAAACUCCGAUGUUUGAUCCUCGUCUAAACGAAUUUGUUGGAGGACUUGUCCAUCAAGAUGCUGAAUAUGCAGAAGAGUUACAGCUCCAAGAAGCUUUAGUAGCCUCACUUUACACUGGUCAAAGCAGUAACUAUGCAUCUCUAUCUGGUCAAGGACUAUUGUCGGAACCAGAAACGUUGAAGCUUGAAAAUGAACGUGACGAUCAACUCAACAGCUUCUGUGAGAUUUGCUUGGAUAACAAAGAAAGCUGGGAGAUGUUUAAAAAUGAUGGUUGUUCUCAUUCCUUCUGUUAUGAAUGCACAAGCAAGCAUAUUAUGGCAAGGAUUUCACAGAAAUCAAAAGUGAUUGGUUGCCCCGGAGUAAGUUGCUGUGCUGCACUUGAUGUUAAUGCUUGUCGGUUCAUGAUUCCUGAAGAGGCACUAAUCCUGUGGGAUGAAUCAGUAUGCCAGUCAAUGAUUCUCGACUCUCAAAAGCUGUACUGCCCUUUCCGUGAUUGCUCAGCUCUGUUGGUAAAUGAUUCUGAGGUGAGUAUAGAAAGGAUAGAAUGCCCUUUGUGCAAGAGAUCAUUCUGUGCAGCAUGUCGAGUUCCUUGGCAUUCGGAAUUUACAUGCAAAGAAUUCCAGAAACUGAAUGCAAAAAAGAGCGGCAAAGGGGAAGACAUGGUGAAGACACUUGCCAAGAAGAAAAACUGGCAGAAAUGUCCUAAUUGUAAAAUAUUUGUUGAGAAGACAGAGGGAUGCAUUCACAUGACUUGUAGGUGUGAAUAUGAGUUCUGCUACAGAUGUGGUGCUAAAUGGACUGGUUCUCAUAAUUGCCGUAGAAAAUGAUCCUAUGCUGGAAGCUCCAUAAGAUUUCUCCGGGAAAUGACAAUCGAUGAAACUUCCUUUAGGGUAAGUUUAGCUAAUGGUAAAUGUAGGUAUCAAUUACUUGAAUCUUUUUGAAGGAAGCAGAAAUGUCAAUUAUGUACAUAACAAUCUGGAUUUUUAGCUUUGGCCCAUGGUAAGUACUAAUUUGCAGUGUUGGGUAA